CACAGUGAGUGAAAAAUGAAUGUGGCACCUCUCCAAGUGGUUGUGCAAGAUGACAACUGCAUAGUUAUUUCCCUGGAAGCAGCUGACGUGAUGAGCUCAUCCUCGGUGUAUGUUGUGAAGAUCACUGGUGAAUCCAAGAACUAUUUUUUCCAGUUUGAUGAAUUCAACAGCACUUUACCUGCUCCUGUGGUUUUUAAUGCCACCUACCAUGGUCUUUAUUACAUAGUGACCCUGAUGGUGGUGAAUGCAAAUGUUAUUUCCAAGCCGGCUAGAUCACUAACUGUGUUAACUAAACCUCUACCUGUAACCAGCGUUUCCAUCUACGAUUAUAAACCAUCACCUGAAACAGAAGUAUUGUUUGAAAUCCAAUAUCCAGAGAAGUAUAAUGUUUUCACUCGGGUGAAUAUAAGUUACUGGGAAGGAAGAGAGUAUCGGACCAUGUUAUAUAAAGAUUUCUUUAAAGGCAAAACGGUUUUCAAUCACUGGCUGCCUGGAAUAUGUUACAGCAAUAUCACAUUUCAGCUGGUAUCGGAAGCAACAUUCAAUAAAACCACGCUGGUGGAAUACAGUGGGGUUGAGCAUGAACCUAAGCAGCAUCGGACAGUUCCCUAUCCACCGCGAAACAUUUCUGUACAAAUUGUACGCAAGAAUAGCCGUGAGAACUGGGAAGAAGAGCACAGUGGGAAUUCCCCAGAACAAAUCUUCUUGGAGACACAAAAUGCUAUGGGGCAGGAAAAAGUUACUCCAGUGUUGGAUGAGUUGUCUGAGCUCCCAACAGUGAAUGCUUCCUAUAUUUGGCCUGAUUAUCAUGCCAACAGCAGUGAUUAUGAAAGCACAUCUCAGCCAGAUUGGUGGACUAAUGAAUCCGAGGAUGAGAAUGAGUUUGUUAACGCAGUUCCAAGGGAUUAUGAGAACCUCAUCCCAACUGUAGAACUUGAAAAACCUACUUUAGGACCUCCAUCGUUCCUUCCAGUGCAAAUGAUAUUGAGCUGGUUACCUCCAAAGCCACCCACAGCAUUUGAUGGCUUUCAUAUUCGUAUUAAGAGAGAAGAGAAUGUCACAGAAUUCCUGACAGUUCCAGAAGACAUUCACGAAUUUGUCACUGAUCUGAAAGAACCAGGAAAAUAUACAUUGUUGGUUACAACAUUUAGCUCCUCUGGAUCAUGUGAAGCACGGGAAAGCCAAUCUACCCAAACCCUUUGCUUUUAUAUUAGUCCUACAGGAGAAUUGAUAGAAGGGCUGACAGAAAAGCCUCAGGAUGUUGUGGUGACGGUGCUGAGUUCCACCACAGCCUCUCUGUCUUGGACAACUUCUCAGGAGACUGCUGGGAGCAAUAAUACCAUUGUGUCAAUUGUUUCCUUGACCUGUCAGAAGCAGAAGGAGAGCCAAAGGCUGGAGAAACAUUAUUGCACAGAGGUGAAUACAAGCAGCAGUUUUAUAGAAAACCUUGUUCCUGGGGCUCAGUACCAAGUUGUAAUUUACUUACAGAAAGGACCACUAGUUGGGCCUCCUUCUGAUCCUGUUACAUUUGCUAUUGUGCCAACUGGGAUUAAAGAUUUAACCCUUUAUCCUCUGGGACCCACAGCUGUGGUCCUCAGCUGGAACAGGCCUUACCUUGGUGUCUUUCGGAAAUAUAUCGUGGAGAUGUUUUAUUUCAACCCAUCAACAAUGACUUCUGAGUGGACAACACACUAUGAAAUAGCAGCAACCGUCUCACUCACUUCUUCAGUGAAAAUAGACAACCUGCUGCCCGCCUGGUACUAUAACUUCCGAGUUACCAUGGUGACGUGGGGAGAACCUGAGCUUAGCUGUUGUGAUACUUCCACCAUUGGUUUCAUAACAGCUCCUGUGUCCCCUAAAAUCACUUCAGUUGAAUAUUUCAACAGCCUUCUCUAUGUCAGCUGGAUCUACGGUGAUGACAACACGGACCUUUCCCAUUCUAGAAUGUUGCACUGGAUGGUUAUUGCCGAAGGAAAGAAAAAGAUAAAAAAGAGUGUGACCCGGAAUGUUAUGACUACAAUGCUCAGCCUUCCUGCAGGGGACAUCUAUAACCUCUCCGUAACUGCUUGCACUGAGCGGGGCAGCAACAGAUCUGCACUUCAGCUUGUGAAAGUCGACCCAGCUCCUCCAAGAUCACUCUUUGCGGUGAAUAAAACCCAGACCUCUGUGACUCUCUUAUGGGUAGAAGAAGGAAUAGCUGAUUUCUUUGAGGUUUUUUGCCAGCAGAUUGGCUCAGAUCAUGAGACAAAGAUUCAGGAACCAGUUACCAUUUCUUCUCAUGUCGUGACAGUCUCCAGCCUUCGGCCUGCCACUUCCUACAACUGCAGCGUUACAAGUUUCAGUCAUAACAGCCCCAGUGUCCCCACCUAUAUUUCAGUUUCCACUAUGGUUGUGGAGAUGAACCCUAAUGUGGUGGUCAUUUCUAUUCUCGCCAUUCUGAGCAUUCUUCUGAUAGGGCUCUUGCUUGUAACACUGGUCGUUCUUCGGAGAAAACAUCUACAAAUGGCCAGGGAAUGUGGAGCAGGAACAUUUGUGAAUUUUGCUUCAUUGGAAAGAGAUGGGAAACUUCCGUACAACUGGCGUAGGAGUGUCUUUGCUUUCCUAACUCUGUUACCCUCCUGCCUUUGGACUGAUUAUCUCUUGGCAUUUUAUAUUAACCCUUGGAGUAAAAAUGGAUUGAAGAAGAAAAGGCUGACCAACCCUGUCCAGCUGGAUGAUUUUGACAGCUACGUCAAGGAUAUGGCCAAAGAUUCUGAUUACAAAUUCUCUCUGCAAUUUGAGGAACUGAAACUGAUUGGGCUGGAAACCCCACAUUUUGCGGCGGAUCUUCCCAUGAAUCGCAGCAAAAACCGCUACACAAAUAUUCUGCCUUAUGACUUCAGCCGUGUUCAGUUGGUUUCAAUGAAUGAAGAAGAAGGCUCUGAUUAUAUUAAUGCCAACUACAUUCCUGGUUAUAACUCUCCACAAGAGUAUAUUGCAACACAAGGACCACUCCCUGAGACAAGGAAUGACUUUUGGAAGAUGGUUCUCCAGCAGAAGUCACAAAUCAUUGUUAUGCUUACUCAGUGCAAUGAGAAGAGAAGGGUAAAAUGUGACCAUUAUUGGCCUUUUGGGGAAGAGCCAGUUCUUUAUGGAGACAUCACAGUGGAGAUGCUUUCAGAAGAAGAACAAGCUGACUGGAUGUACAGGAACUUCAGAAUCAGCUAUGCAGAUGAAGUGCAGGAUGUGAUGCAUUUUAAUUACACCUCUUGGCCUGACCAUGGUGUUCCUCCCACCAACGCAGCGGAAAGCAUUUUGCACUUUGUACAUAUGGUCAGGCAGCAGGCAACGAAAAGCAAGGGGCCCAUGAUUGUACACUGCAGUGCUGGUGUAGGACGAACUGGGACCUUCAUAGCAUUAGACCGGCUUUUACAGCACAUUCGUGAUCAUGAAUUUGUAGAUAUAUUGGGAAUGGUAUCCGAUAUGAGGUCUUAUCGGAUGUCCAUGGUUCAGACAGAGGAACAAUACAUUUUUAUUCACCAAUGUGUGCAACUGAUGUGGCUAAAGAAGAAACAGCAGUUUUGCAUUAGCGAUGUCAUAUAUGAGAAUGUCAGCAAGUCAUAAUUCCAGGUCACAGGUGAUGAAGCUGUGAAAUGCAUCCAUCUUCCUUGGCUUCAGAUUUUAAUUCUCUCCCCCUUCUUUUUUUUAUUUUUGUUAACUGCUUUCCGAUUUGCCAUGGAUAAGAGCUGCUUUGCAGUACAUGGACAAAUGAAAAAAAAAAGUAUAUUUUACAUCCAGAAGUUCUGGGGAAACAUAGCCUUAAGGAACCUGCAGUGUCUUGUUUGGACUCUUGAUCAAUUUUUUUAAAGUUAAUAACUGGACCAAACUCAACUCGGGGUGGCAUCUCAAAGGGACAAUCUAAUCACGUGCAUAAAUGUAAUGUGCUCUGGAUCAUUUUAUGUUGUUUCUGAAACAAAUUUGUUUAAUAUUUUUUUUUAAUUUAAUGCACAGGUUAAACUUAAAGGUUACCGAAUGUGCAAUAUUCCAGAUUCAGUCCAAACUGCUGCGGGCUUUCUCCAUGUACAUCUAUGGAGCAACACGGACUCUAUCAAACACAGGAACAGACAGGGUUAGCAUUGAGAUAAUAACUCAUUAGCAAGGAAGGAAGAUUGUAGAAGCUAGAAGAUAAGCUGAAACGUUGCCACUGACACAGCAUCCUUGGCAGGACUCUCCAGCGAGGAGAAUCAAGACUAGCCUGAUCCAAAUCUAGAAGUUGAAGGAACUGAUUUCAGCAUGAACUGCAACUUCUUAAAGUGUCAAAGGUCCCAGUUUCACAGAGAUUUGGGCACCCUGAAUCAAAGUGUUCUUUUGCCUAUACAGCCAAGUGGAGAGAGAAAUUCCUGUGCACUUAGAUUCAGAGUGGAACUAUGGAUAGGCACAAUGUGCUACUAGGUAGGAUUCACUUGAGGGAUGAGCACCAGGGGUGUACUGAUUUUUAAUUGUGGGGACCCAUCUUUGCUGCAUAGACAUUUUCCAUUUGUUUGGUUCUGUUCACUUCUGUGUAAAAAAUAAUAAUAAUAAGAUGCUUGUCAUUUGGGGUAGAGAGAUAAGGUGCCAUGCCGGAUGCAACUUGAUGGUGCCAACAGGCUGAAAAAUGUCAAAAGAUACAAGGGUUUCUUUUGGCGUGCUUGGUGCAUGCAAAUGAUUGCUUCAUUCAACAGUUACUACCAAGUGCCAGGCUUCCGUUUAUUGCAAGGCAUACAUUUUCUCCUGGAAAAGUUAGUGUGACUAGCUCUGGGGUCCGCUCUCCCCUUUUCUUUGGUUUUUUUGUAUCAAUUCCAUGUGUCGUUUUGUUGUGCUAUACGAGUGCUAUCAGCGAAGGCAUUGGUGGUGUUUUUGAUGUGACCUUCCGCUUUCUGCUCUUUGGUUUAACUUCCAUUUCAUUGAAAACUUCUGAAACAAGUACUGAAUCGACAGGAAAGAACAUUAAAUAUGCCAAGAAAGGA